UUCCGUUCUGAUUUUGGUUUCGGAGCAAACCUUUACUGAUCGUUCCAGCAGUGAGUCUGAUGGUGCAGAUCAACACUUUCUUUUCGUGAUCCUUCACGUGUUUGUGGCAUCUGACGUCACUGAGAGUGCCAUGCUCUCAACGCAGCUGUUAUCCCGCCUGCGAAUGCUGGCUAGUGAGGCGAGGCUGUGCCAGGUUGUGUUACAUUGCAAAGCACUUCCUCAUAUUCCAAAUCAGCACCCUCCUCUUGCCGCAGACCUGCGCUUACUGUCUACCAGCUGCUCUCAGCAUGCCAAGCACCGUGGUCUGUCCAAAAGAAAGAGAGACCUGUCUGAAAAGAAACUGACACGCUACUUUGUUGAUCAUCGCAGGGUUCAUGUGGUCGGGGGAGCUGGAGGGAAGGGUGCCUGCUGCUUUCAUAGUGAGCCCAGGAAGGAGUAUGGAGGACCAGAUGGAGGGGAUGGAGGAAAUGGAGGACAUGUUAUCUUAAAAGUGGAUUCACAAGUGAAGUCUCUGGCUUCAGUAGUCCCUACGUAUCAUGGAGAUGAUGGGGAAUCUGGUGGUAGCAAGAACUGUUUUGGAAAGAGUGGAGAAAAUGUGUAUAUUAAGGUUCCCAUUGGUACUAUAGUGAAAGAAGAUGGACAGGUUAUUGCUGACUUGUCCAAACCUGGUGAAGAGUUUGUGGUAGCACAUGGGGGACUUGGUGGAAAAGGAAACCGAUUCUUUCUAAGUAAUGAGAACAGAUCCCCAAUGACGGCAAUGCCUGGUGAGCCUGGAGAAGAGAGAAUGCUGCAGCUGGAAGUGAAAACCAUGGCUCAUGCCGGCAUGGUGGGGUUUCCUAAUGCAGGAAAGUCUUCUCUCUUGCGGCUUCUCUCCAAUGCCCGUCCUGCCGUGGCACCAUACCCCUUCACUACUCUAAACCCGCACGUGGGCAUCAUUGAGUAUCAGGAUUAUGAGCAGAUUGCUGUUGCUGACAUCCCUGGAAUCAUAGAAGGGGCCCACCAGAACCGAGGGCUUGGUUUAUCUUUCCUAAAGCAUAUUGAACGUUGCCGCUUCCUCCUCUUUGUCGUUGACCUCUCACACCCUGAGCCCUGGGUCCAGCUAAGUUGUCUGCAGUAUGAGCUGGAGCAGUUUGAUGAGGAUCUUGCCCAACGCCCUUAUGUUGUUGUGGCAAACAAGCUGGACCUUCCUGUGGCUCCUAAAACUCUGCAGCUUCUGCGGCAGAAAGUAAGAAGCAAAGUAAUUGGGGUUUCUGCUCUGACAGGUGACAAUGCUGAGGAACUGAUACUUCACGUCAGAGAGAUGUAUGAUGAAUAUAGACAUAAAGAAGAUAAGAAGAAAACUCCUGCACACUGGUGACCUUUGUGUGGUCAGCUGCAACAUCCAUCGGAAUAUUUGUGUGGGAAACCUUUUUCUAUUACAGACUUCAGAAAAAUAGAAACAAGAUAUCCAAGAUCACAUAAGAAAAUAAUGGAAGUUUUUUGUUUUGUAAUUGUAAUAUAUUGAAGGUUUAUCCAAUUUUUUUUGCUUCUGAUUGUAAUUCCUUUGACCAUAAGUGUGAUGACAAAAAAAAAUUAACUUCCCACCCA